AUGAUAAUCGAAAAUAUUCAACAAUAUUUUCCUACUUAUCAAACAAAUAAAAAUAAUAAUGAAGCAGCUGGUGAUUCGAUACAUAGAAUAAAAACUAAAUUUUUAACUGAUGAAACAAGUCAUUUACUUGAUGAUAUAUUGAAUCAUCCAUUGUCGAUUGAUUAUUUUAAUGUCUAUCUAUCAUUACCUGAACAGAUAAAUAAAGAAACGAAGCAAUGGUUAAUACAUUACCGAUUAAAUAAUUAUAUUCAUACAGAUAUUUAUAUUGAAAGUCUUCUUGCUUUAUUACUUAUCGAGUCAGAUGAUAUCAAAGAAGGUUAUUCGAAUGUCUUAGAAUCAUUUUCAACAGUAACUGAUGUUCGACAAUUUUAUCAAUUUCUUCAAUCUACUUCUGGAAUAAAAUAUUGGAAUUUCUUUAUUGAUUCUAUACGUUUACUUCGAUCGCAAUCGAAUCGUAUCGAUAUUUCACAUUUAAAUUUUAUCUAUAAAUAUUAUUCUCAACAGCAAGAAUUCCGUUCGAUUACCGAUACAGUUUGCUUUCAAAUGGCUAUCAGUGCAAUGUAUCAAUUACGUACAUAUUGGUUACCUCGUUAUCUUGGUCAACAAUCGAAAAUAAAUCCUUCUACAAUCCAACCAGUUCUGAAUCCAGUUGAAAAUAAGAGUAUUACAACACUUUCAAAUCAUUCAUCUCAUUCUAAUUCAACAAUAAAUGAACCUGAAUUAAUUAAAUAUACUCUUGAUAAUAUUUCAUAUCUUAAUUAUAAUCCUCAACAAUAUAUACUCAUUGAACCAUCCAAAGAACAUGACUUUCUACAAGAUAUCGAAGCGGAUAUUAAUAUAAAAUUUGAAAAUACAUCUUCUGAUCGUUCAAUUGAAGACUAUGCGACAGAUGCUAAUCUCGAAUUAUUCUAUCGUAUACUUGUUUCAGACAUGUUAGCUGGAUUUCCAUUUUCUGACUACAUCUCUCAAACAAUUCCACUUCAAAAUUGUAUUCGUUUUCUUACUGAUGCAGAAAUUCUAUUAUCUAUUCCUUCCGGAAAUUUUCAAGAAAAAAUUCUUCGGCAAUUUAUCUCACGAUACCUUGAAGUAACAGCUACCGAUGAAUUACCUAUGCAAAUCUUUGAUAAUAUCGAUGAACAAAAAAUUGAAUUGAUUAAAGAAUUACUAAACAAAAACAAUCAUGAAUAUUCUCUUCUAGGGAAAAUUUUAUUAAAAAUUACAAAAUUUUUAAUUCCACAUUUUCUUAAUUAUAUUAAAUUCGAUCGACUUCGUUUUCUUCUUCAAGUAUAUUCUAUGACUUUAAACAGAAAUCAUCUCAUCGAUGAACUUCAUCAUCUUGUACCUCUGGUUAAAUUCGAAACACUGCUAUCAGAUAAAACUACGAAUGAAAAACAGACAAAUUCUAAUGAAAUAAAUAUUCAAAAUUGUAGUGGACAACCCAUUGAUUUUCUACAUCCUACUACAACUGAAAACUUAAUUAAUACUGACGAACAAUAUGAAUUUCGAUCAGGUGAACGAUUUCCUCCAUUGACUGAUGAUGAACUUGAACAAGAAUUACAACAAUUCUGUCCAAAAUUUAAAGGGAAAGAUAUUAAAACUAUCCUUGGUAAAUCAUUUCAUGCACCAAUUCUUUCUCAUCAAGUAAAUGAUUUUACAUACGAAAUCGAUCGUUAUAUAACAAAUUUAAUGAAUGAAAGUCUUAAUCUUUUACAAACAGAUAGUAUUUCAACUUCUAUAGCAUUUCCACAACGAAUUACGAAUGAUAUAUCUUCUCAUACAGAAAUGAAAUAUCUUUCAUUAAUUGGUUCGUAUUUUAUUAAUUCACCUAAUGUACCUUCUCAUCUUGAAACUAAAUCGAUUCAUCAACAAUUUCAUGAAUCAUUUUAUUUUUCACCAAAAGAUAAAAGUAAUGAAGUUAAAAAUACUAGAAAUGAAACAUUUUAUUCUGAAAAAAUUGAUCAAGAAAAAUUAUUUACAUUUAUUCAAAAUGAAAUCAAUAAUUCUCAAUGGCCUUUACAUGAAUAUAUUGGUAUGAAAGGACAACGAGCCUGGCGAGCAUUAAAAUUAGCAGCAGAUAUAUCAAAUUUUAAUAAUGAAUUUAUAUUAAACUAUCAUCAUGAUUUCGAUUGGAUAUCAAAUGAAUAUGAUUUAGGUUCAUUUAAUGAAAGAAAUUAUUUAAUUAUACGAGAUUUCGAAAGACGUAUCGAACAACAAAAAUAUUCGAUUAGCAAAGACAGCUGUUAG